UAACCUGUCAGUCCGUCCGUCCCACUAACUGUGGGAACAUGGCGUGCCCAUUGCUUAGGCAAUGCUCAAAGUGGAAUUCAAACUGUUCGAGUUUAUUCGAAACGUUGUGGUAUAGUAAUGGCAGGUCGGUGUCAUUCUCCACAUCUUCUCUGGGGCGGACAUCCUGGAGCUCUGGGCCGGGGAACGAGGGGCAGCCAUCAGCACUGCGAAGACGGACAGGUCCAAACACUUUUAACUUUACCAGAUCUCUCACCAGACACAAACUGCGGUUGCUGGAUCCCUCACUAAAGUCUUGCUUUUGCAUAAACAGUGCACACACAGAUGUGAAGGUUCAGGACCCCUUCACAAUAGCACAGAAAGAUCUCACUAAUUUAUAUGAUGACAUCAGAAAGGAGUUGUGUGUAACUAAAGAGCUGAAGGCUUUAUGUCAUUACUACUUUGACGGAAAAGGCAAGGCCAUCCGACCAAUGAUAGUUGUCCUGAUGGCGCGGGCACUCAACAGCCACAGCAACAGAUCCGGAGAAUUGCUCCCAGGGCAGAGGGCCGUAGCUAUGAUCACAGAAAUGAUCCACACUGCCAGCCUGGUGCAUGAUGACGUUAUAGACGGGUCUAAUAAACGAAGGGGGAAGGGAACUAUCAAUGAACUGUGGGGUGAAAAAAAGGCAAUCUUGGCUGGAGAUUUCAUCCUAUCAGUUGCCUCCAUAACCAUGGCGCGAAUUGGUAACAACACGGUUGUAAAAGUGUUUUCCCAGGUGAUAGAGGAUCUGGUGCGAGGUGAAUUCAUGCAGCUGGGCUCCAAAGAGAACGAGAACGAGAGAUUCAAACACUACCUGGAGAAAACCUUCAAGAAGACAGCGAGUCUGAUUGCAAACAGUUGUAAAGCAGUAUGCGUUCUAGUAAGUUCUGAUCCUAAGGUCCAUGAAAUAGCCUACCAGUAUGGCAAGAAUGUUGGCAUCGCAUUUCAGCUGGUGGAUGAUGUUUUGGACUUCACAUCAGGGGCCAACCACCUGGGGAAGCCCUCGGCUGCAGAUCUCAAACUGGGCCUGGCCACUGGACCGGUGCUGUUUGCCUGUCAACAGUUUCCCGAGCUCCACUCAAUGAUCAUGAGACGUUUCAGCUCUAAAGGAGACGUAGAUCAAGCCUGGCAAUACGUCUUUCAGAGCGACGGCGUGGAACAGACCAAAAACCUGGCGCAGCACUACUGUCAGGAGGCCAUCAGACAGAUCAGUAUGCUCAGGCCGUCGGCGGAGAGAGACGCCCUCAUCAGACUCACUGAGAUGGUGCUCACCAGAGACAAGUGAACCUCCACCACUGGGAUUCACUCGAGGCAGCAACCUGAAGAAAAGCAAAUCAUCCUGCCCGCCAUGUUUGAGCUGGCCAGGUCGGACAAAGAGAGUUUGUUAGGAAGGAGCCCUGGUGCUGGAUUGAGUCAAACUCUGAAUGUGGCAGCAUACUGAUGUGUCCGAACACUUAAAUCACAAUCAAGUGACAGCAUAGAGACUGGUGUCUGUACACUUCCAAAAAAUAUACAUGGGUGGCAGGGGGGAGAUCUUAAAAUAGCACCAUAUAUAAAUACAUUGAUUCAGAUGUCUGGAAUGGAGUCAACAGCUAGGACUUGGAAAGGAAAUAUGAAAUACAGGAAAUUGAUGCUGCACUCCAACUAUACAUUUCAUUCAGUACUGUCAUUGCAACAUCCUACCAUGCUUGAAACUAACUUUGACUGAGUGGUAUGUGAGCAUUGCAACAUCUGUGUUAUUCCAAAGGAAGUGCAACAUUGUCCCUUGUGUCCGUUUGGAUCUGUUUGACAAGAUCCGUCCAAACCUCAGCGGCCAAACAUGUGUUUUGACUUGUGAAAUGCUGUAAGGUUACUUAUUCAAUGCAAAGUGCCCUGUAACAACCAUGGCCUUUUCAUCCACAACGACUAUGUGCUCAAUAAAUG